AACCAAUUUCAGAAAUUAAGUCACAAUUAAUCUUCAAACCUAACCCUAUCCCAGUUUCAGAAAUUAACUCACAAUUACUAGCUUAUAUUAAAUAUAAAACAUAAGAAGCCAAGAAAGGAUUUUUCCGUCCGCUUGUAACACCAAAAGGCCAACAAAUUUUGGGGCGUUUUAUGAAGACAGUCCCAACAAACCACUAUGUAUUUCGAUUUCUUUCAAGAGAAAUUACACUCGUAAAUAUAUAUGAUACAUAAAGAACACAUCUUUUCUCUAUUGUUAUUUUUUUAGUAACUUCAUAUCCUCUGACUGAUGUUUAUGCUACUUUUUCUUUGCCACCUUUCCUUGUAAUUAACUCUUCUUUCCUUUCAAAACCGGGCCAAGCAUUUGAUCCUUGAUUCCUCCGGUGUUGCGUAUUUAUACUAAUAACAGAGUAAUCGAGUUGUUCAUAAUGGCUGCAACUGUAUUUCACCAAGCACUUGCUACGCUUCAAUCCAAUUGUUACCUUGGUGUUUCGGGUCUCAGUCAGGAAAAUGGGAAUGCUUCAUUUAGGUUGAUAUCGAAAGGUGUUAAGCUAGAUAUCAAUCUGUUGGGAAGACGAACUUACUGCUCUAGGAAGAGAACUUUUAGCAUUAUUGAGGCCUCAACUUCUCAGACUACAAUUUUCGGUUCUGUUUCUUCUCCAUCAAAUGGAGCAACAAGUGACUCGGGAAAAAAAUCAAGUGAAGCUGCAUUGAUCUUGAUUAGGCAUGGUGAAUCCAUGUGGAAUGAGAAGAACUUGUUCACAGGUUGUGUAGAUGUGCCACUAACCAAGAAGGGUGUAGAAGAGGCUAUCGAAGCUGGCAAAAGAAUCAGCAGCAUUCCUGUUGAUAUAAUCUAUACAUCUGCUUUGAUUCGUGCGCAGAUGACUGCCAUGCUUGUCAUGACUGAACACCGUCGCAAGAAGGUUCCUAUUAUUUUGCACAAUGAAAGUGAGCAAGCGAAAGCAUGGAGUCAAAUUUUCAGUGAAGAUACCCAUAAACAGUGCAUUCCAGUUGUAACAGCUUGGCAACUAAAUGAAAGAAUGUAUGGGGAAUUACAAGGUCUCAAUAAACAGGAAACUGCUGAAAGAUAUGGGAAGGAGCAAGUUCAUGAAUGGCGACGCAGUUAUGAUACACCUCCACCAAACGGCGAGAGCUUGGAAACGUGCGCUGAGAGAGCUGUUGCGUACUUUACGGAUCAUAUUGAGCCCCAACUUCUAUGUGGGAAAAAUGUAAUGAUUGCUGCGCACGGGAAUUCACUGAGGUCAAUCAUCAUGUAUUUGGACGAACUGACUUCGCAAGAGGUUAUUAGCUUGGAGUUAUCGACUGGGAUACCGAUGCUUUACAUUUUUAAAGAGGGAAAAUUUAUUCGAAGAGGCAGCCCUGUGGCGCCAAAUGAAGCAGGCGUUUAUGCUUACACUAAGAGGUUGGCUCAAUACAGGCAAAGGUUGGACGAGAAGUUUCAAUCUUAGAUUGGAGGUAUGAGAAAAUUUACGGGUCUUCUACACUUGAACUCUUUAGCCUCAACUCCAAGGCUGUCCUCUCCUUUGCUGCUGCUUGCCUUCCGUUUGGUUUCUACUAACUCCUCCCUAUUCAAAGUCUAAAAGAAAUGCAUUUGCAGACACUCUAGUCCUGGUUUUUGUACCUCCUGUAUGUCCUGAUAUAGCUUAGUUGUUUCACUUGCACCUUUUAAAAGUUUUACUAUAGAAAUACUUGAAUUCUGUAUUGUAAUAUAGAGUUGAAACGACUCUUGAUUAAUGAUAAGAGAAGUACGUGUCAUGGAUGCCGAAAUGCCCUUGUAAUGGCUUUUUCGUCUGUGAAUUUGGAUUUUGAAAUGCAGUUUUCUUCGGCAAGACGAUGCACAAUUAUAUGAGAAAUGGGAGUAAUAUGAUGUUAUUUUGAGUGAA